AUGGUGCAGAAAUCCAGGAACGGCGGCGUGUUCCCCGGAGCGCAGGCCGACCAGAAGAAGCUGAAAGUCGGCUUCGUGGGUCUGGAGGCCGGCGGGACGGACUCCAGCAGGGACGGAGCGCUUCUCAUCGCAGCCGAUGAAGGACCUCGGCGUCAGCGCAGCAGCGUGUCGGGGGGCAAGAAGCCCCCUAAGAGGAACGCCCUCUACAGGCGGCUGCAGAACUUCCUUUACAAUGUCCUGGAGCGACCGAGGGGAUGGGCCUUCAUAUACCACGCCUACGUGUUCCUGCUGGUGUUUUCCUGCCUCGUCCUAUCAGUCUUCUCCACCAUCCGCGAGUACGAGAAGAGCUCCGAAGACGCUCUCUACAUCUUGGAAGUGGUGACCAUCGUGGUGUUUGGCGUGGAGUACACAGUCCGCAUCUGGGCGGCGGGUUGCUGCUGUCGGUAUCGAGGCUGGCGAGGACGACUCAAGUUUGCCCGAAAACCCUUUUGCGUCAUCGAUAUCAUGGUCCUGAUCGCGUCCAUCUCAGUGUUGGCGGCGGGCACGCAGGGGAACGUUUUCGCCACCUCUGCCAUCCGCUCGCUUCGCUUCCUUCAGAUUCUGCGUAUGAUCCGAAUGGACCGGCGAGGAGGGACCUGGAAGCUGCUGGGAUCGGUCGUCUAUGCUCACAGCAAGGAACUGAUCACGGCUUGGUACAUCGGCUUCCUGUGCCUGAUCCUGGCUAGCUUCCUGGUGUACUUGGCGGAGAAAGAAGACAAUGAGCAAUUCGAGACGUACGCUGAUGCCCUCUGGUGGGGACUGAUCACGCUGACCACCAUUGGCUACGGGGACAAGUUCCCCAUCACGUGGAACGGUCGCCUGCUGGCGGCCACCUUCACGCUCAUCGGCGUGUCCUUCUUCGCUCUACCAGCCGGCAUCCUGGGUUCCGGUUUUGCUCUGAAGGUCCAAGAGCAGCACAGGCAAAAACAUUUUGAAAAAAGACGAAACCCAGCGGCCGGGCUCAUUCAGGCUGCCUGGAGGGUUUACGCCACCAAUCUGAGUCGAUCCGACCUGACGUCCACGUGGGACUACUAUGAAAGGACCGUAUCCGCCCCCAUGUACAGGUUAAUUCCACCUCUCAACCAGUUGGACCUGCUGAGAAACCUUAAGAACAAAUCUGGACUCUCAUUCAGGAAGGACGUCCAGCAAGAACCUUCUCCGAGUCAGAAAGUGAGUCUGAAGGAGCGAGUCUUCUCAUCGCCUCGCAGUUCUGGAACCAAAGGAAAAGGUUCUCCUCAACACGGUGAGCCUCCGGUCCCGGUUCCUGGAGUACCCGGAGGGGUUCAGGCCCUGCGUCGCUCCCCAAGCUUAGAUCCCAGUCUGGAGGACAGUCCCAGCAAGGUUCCUAAGAGCUGGAGCUUCGGAGAACGUAGCAGAACCAGGCAGGCCUUCAGGAUCCGGGGAGCUGCAUCUCGUCAGAACUCUGAAGUGCUCAUAGAGAUGCAGGACGAAGAGUUCAGACAGAAGAGCUCGCCAGACGCUAGCUUGCCGGGAGAAGACAUGGCCGACGACAACAAGAGCUGCCACUGCGAGUUCGUCCCACAGGAUUUGACCCCGGGGAUCAAGGUCACCAUCCGCGCCGUCUGUAUUAUGCGCUUCAUGGUGUCCAAGAGGAAGUUCAAGGAGAGUCUUCGUCCAUAUGACGUGAUGGACGUGAUCGAACAGUAUUCUGCUGGCCACCUGGACAUGCUAGCACGUAUCAAAAACCUUCAGUGCAGGGUAGACCAAAUUGUGGGCAGAGGUGCGCCAAUGGCAGACAAGGACCGACCGAAAGCCGCGGGCGAAGAGCUACCCGAGGACCCCAGCAUGAUGGGACGUUUGGGAAAGGUGGAGAAGCAGGUUCUGUCCAUGGAGAGAAAGCUGGAUUUUCUUGUUAAUAUCUACAUCCAGCGAAUGGGAAUUCCUCAGACCGAGACGGACGCCUACUUUGGGCCGAAGGAACCGGACCCGGCACCACCGUACCACAGUCCAGUGGAUCAGUUGGAGAAGACCCAAUCCAUUCACAAGAUGAUCCCUCAAGUGUUGCCAGGCGACAACGUGGACAAGAGUCAGUUUGCAAGCAAGAUGGUUCGUUCCAGCAGUUCUACUGCUCCACAGAAUCACAGAGCUGCUACUUGCCCUCCCUCCACCUCCUGGCAGCCAAUCAGCUCCCAACUCCUUCAAAAUACUCCAGCACCUCUGCAACGUAACAGUGGGAACACCCCGAGUCCGGCGGGCGACGGGUCAUUGGUCCGUCUUCCGCCGCCCCCGGCCGGAGAACGCAUAGGCGGGAAUCGGCCUUACCGCCACAGCACAGGAGAGCGGAGCGGUCCCGAAAGGCGCGACGAGGAAGGAAGUGGGGCCGGAGGUGAAGAAGAAGCCAAGCCCGACAGCGACCGCUCCUUGUCCAUCCCGUCCGUGGACCACGAUGAACUGGAGCACUCCUUUAGCGGGUUCUCCAUCUCGCAGUCCAGGGAGAACAUGGACUUCCUCAACAACGGUUUCUACUCCUCCAGCAACUUGGGGGGGCCGGCAGGUCCCCCCCGCCGCACUACCGUAAGACCGUACAUCGCUCAAGCGGAGUCGGACUCUGACUCGGAGCUCUGCGCGCCCUCGCCACAUUUGGACCGCGUCUGGCCCGGAACUGAGUAG